CCAAUGAAUGCUGACAACCCUCUGAACAUGUAUUCCUUUGUCCCCAGAUGUGCAGAAUAAUCCUUCCAGGCAUGGCCAACAGAGGAAAAGGGCUGAUUGUGAAUAUUUCAUCUGGAGUUGCUUGCAUCCCUUUCCCCCUGUACACCCUGUAUACUGCGUCCAAGGUGUUCGUGGAGAGAGUUUCUCAAGGUCUUCAAGCUGAAUACAAAGUUAAUGGGAUUAUAAUACAGGCGGUCGCUCCGUUCGGGGUCUCUACUCGGAUGGCCGCUUACCAACAAACCAACAUAGUGACGCCGUCGCCGGAAGACUUCGUAAAAAGAUCCCUGCAGUACCUGAGAGCUGGAGACAAAACACACGGCAGCAUCUGUCACACACUCAUGGGCUGGUUUCUACUGUCUGUUCCUCUCAAGCUUCUCUAUGCAGAGUCCAUGUUACACAGCCUCCAGGACUAUGUGAAGAAGAAAACGUCCAUCUCUGCAUCAAGUGCAACUUUUGAAAACAAAUAAAUAAACAGGAAGACCGAAAGUCAUUUGGCUCAAAUAUCUGUAAAUAUAAAUAUAAAUAUGAAACUGGCGUCCACACUUCAAUGUUUUCUGUUUCUCAUUUAAACAAAGCUAUAAACUUUUAAAAGUAUUAUCAAUAGGAAUUGUAGUCUCCAAUGUGAUAUUUCUUUCUGUUGUAGCGUUUGUAACAUGGUGGGGAAACCUCCCUCAGGAAAGCCCCUUUAUGAAGCAUAUGUUUUUUGUAUGUAGCUUUUGUUUUCAUCUAUGGAAUGUAUUUGUAAUGUAAUGUCGCACCUUGUUAAGCUC